GCCAUUUUGGCCAUGGCGAAAAAGAAGAAGCCACCGCGAAUCGAAGGACCGCCCCAGGCCUCGCUUGAGGAGAUCAACGAGGUUUUGCUGGCGAAAUCCGGAAAGGCGAAGCCAACGGCUGGCGCUGGCGCCAGUGUGAUCAAGAAGACCAAAAAAUCGGCUUCAAAGUCUGCGCCCACUUCGUCAGCCAAGAAGAGCGUUGACGGUGCCAAGCUUGCUCUCGAGCUUUUGGAGGCCUCAACAACUCAGCUUCUACGACGUAAGGGUUGGUUCCGAGAUGUUCGGUUGAGACGUUCUGCAGAUGCCUAUCUGCGGAGCAGCAAACUCUUCCAGAAGGCCUCGGCACGUCAGCUAGGGAAGAGUGGCACCUUCGACAAGCCUUCGCCUACUGAGCUAUCAGCCUUUGAGGAGGAGUUGUGUACUCAUUUGGAGGGCUUGCGGAACAAGUUGGGCCAGCAGCCGAGAAGCGUCCCCAUGAACGAGACUCGCGAGAUCAGCCUGAAGUCUGCUGGGCCAGGGCAGGUGAUAGGAGCCAAGCUCAAGGGCCUGAAGCAACGCGCAGCCGAGCUCGAAAAGAAGCCACGGUCAGUGAUUAAAGGUGCUGUGCGGAAGAAGCGCAGACCCCUUGGGUCCAAGAAGAGCAAGGAAGCUGGUGAAGAUGACUGACGUCGGCGAAAGGCCGCGAAGAUCCGAAGAACCAAAGCACCGUCGGAGAAAA